AUGUCUAAUGGAGAUGUUAGAAAAGUCUCUCUACAGGAUAUACAGCUGGUUCAAAAUCUUAUCGAGAGGUGCCUUCAGCUUUACAUGAGCCAGAGGGAAGUCGUGAAUACCUUAUUGCACCAGGCAAAAAUCGAGCCUGGUUUCACAGAGCUCGUAUGGCAAAAGCUUGAAGCCGAAAAUCAGGAAUUUUUCAGGGCAUAUCAUCUGAGACUAAGAGUGAAGGAUCAGAUAUUACAAUUCAAUCAGUUGCUCGAGAGACAGGUUGAGCUUAUGCGCCAAAUAACUCAGCCUGAAGUUUUUUCGGUUUCUCACUCAAAUGGGUCUCAUAUUCACCCAAUGCACAACAACACGGCUUACCGGGCCCCACAACAUUCUAUACCAUCAAUAAAGCCCGAAAACUUGCAUCAGCAACAAGUCAUAAACUCCAUUCCUGAUGUCUACUCAAAUGGGUCACACCACAUACAACAGCAGCCCAUGCAAGUUGCGGUCAAUAUCAUAUCGGGCCAAUGCCUAAAUACGGGGUUGAUGCAAGAAUCAAAUGUUGGGCCGGUAAAAGCAGAAUGUGGCUACACAAGUGAUCCACAUUCACCACUCGUGUUUGGAGCCGAGAAUAAUCUAAUAGAAUCUCAUAACCCGAUUGGGGAUGCUUCGAGCUCCUUUAAUGGUGGGGAGAUGAGUUCUCGGGCAUUGAACGAGAUUUUGGAAAAUGAGACAAACUCGUUUGGGAUUUUCGGACAGAUGUCUCGAAACUUUAGUUUAUCAGACUUGACGGCUGGUUUUUCUAACGAUAUUCUGGAGAGCUAUCCUCGAUCUCCAUUCUUAGGAACAGAUGCAAAUUUCAUGGACACUCAUAUUGUGGGAGAACAGCAAGGCAUGAGGACGAUGAACUCAGUAUCCGGGGAGUUUAGUUAUGAAGAUUUUGCCAGUAAUUGA